AUGGCUAACAAGAAGAUGCCCUAUCCUCUGCCCUAUCCUUUCUCGUUGGAGGAGGAACUGAAGAAGAACCCGGAGGUGAAGAUGUCGGAUAUCGAGAUGCUGAGAGAGUGGUGUGACAAACAGCAACAUCUACCCAAACCUUCGGACUUGCAUCUCAUCAUGUUUCUUCACAGCAAUUAUUACAGCAUGGAGGCAGCGAAGAACACCGCGGAGAACUUCUUUACUAUUAGAUCUCACAUCCCGGAGUUUUUCGAUAACAGAGACCCGCUUGGGUCCAAGGAAUUGCGGCAGACGUUCAACGUUGUAUUUUGCACUGGAUUGCCUGGACUCUCGAAGCAAGGUUGCAAAUUGCUAUUCGGGAAAUUAAUCGACAGCGAUCCGUCGCAUUUUUCUUUCGAAGACUGUAACAAGUACAUUUUCAUGGAAUGCGAUCUGGUUGGUUUGAGGAACGGCACCUGCGAUGGAUACAUGUUUAUCGCAGACAUGUCUAACAUCUCUUUAGGCCACGUAGGGCGACUAAGCCCAAUGGGCCUGAAGAAACUUGUAAUGUACAUCCAAGAGGCAAUACCUGUUCGUCUAAGGGGUUUACAUUUUAUUAAUUGUCCAUCGGUGAUGGACAUCAUCAUGAACAUGGCGAGGCCAUUUAUGAAAAACGAAUUGUGGAAUAUG